AUGGUUGGGUUUGACUCCGUUGACGACGAGUCUAGAGUCUCCAAGUACACCAUGGAGGGUGGAGAUCUACCCGCUCCCUCCGAUUGGACAAGCACUAGCAACCCGCCGUAUUCGUACUGGAUAUUCUACAUGUAUGCGAACAUUCGCGCGCUGAACUUGUUUCUCGAAGCCAGAAAUAUGAGGGCUCUCAGCUUCAGCGGAUUCGAGGACGAGUUUAAGAGACACUGGCUCGGAGACACCUACUGGCUACCCGGAUGCAAGGGAAAUGACAUGAGGAGAACAAAUGUCAGCAACAUCAGACUGCAAUAUCGAAUCGACACGUGGCGGGAGGAGUUAGAAUACAUGAGGGAGCUUUUGAGCAUGAGAAUGGUUCUAACUGCGAAUCAGCAGCAGCAUUCAGACUUUAUGGGUUCACUGCAUGCGCCCCCCGAGGCUUCGUCGUCUAGCCAGUUCUUGCAGGUUCCUCAGGGGGCGACGGCGAACUCCCAAGACAACCGCACCUCCUCGCCUGCCCACACAGCUGACACGGCCGGCUCGCCGCGUGUAAAGGAGCGUUUGCAUCCGCAUCGGCUCUCUCCAUCUUCACACAGUGAUGCACCUUCUCCUAGUUUAGUUUCUUCAAACCCACACUCUGCCCUGUCGUCUCCAGAGCUGGCCAUGCAAAGUGCGCCCGAAGUGCCCCUAAAGAGAAGGAGUCUAGCAGAGCAGGAACUUGAUGAGCUCUCUUGUGCGGCAGAGCAACUUACCCUCUCAAUGAAACUCAACCUGCCACCACCGCAAUCGGAACAGGAGAAGCCCUAG